AUGAGAGCCCUCGUAUUCCUCAUUCUUCUCGUCCUCUCAGUGGCUGCUCAAAAUACCACACCACGUUCAGGUAGGCUUGUGAUUCCUCUGUCUCACUUAAUCACCACAUCUGUUGUGCAGAAAGACUACAUGCGAAUGCUGAAGGAUUACAUAAAGCGCAUCCUGGAGGGUAUUGGACACUUUAUCAGUGAGGACGAAUUGGGUACAGGGGCGCUGGAGGCGGGCAAAACUCCCAGGUCACACCGUAUCUGCGACACAGAGAGAUCCAGGGGUGUGACAUCGCGCCACGGGGUCACACCGCCUAACGCGUAUAAAAAGCCGCGUCGGACGCCUAAUUCGCAGUCUACAUCACAGCGCGUUCGACAGAGCAAAAUGCGUUUCUUCAUCGUCAGCCUCCUCGUUUUGGUCACUCUCAUUGCCGUCACUUCUGCUGCUGGUCCUAACAUAAUGGCACUAGUGAUAGAAGCAAAUAGGUACUUUGCAACAGAAGAAGGUCAAAAAGUCGCCGCUGAAUUGGGUCAGCUGAAACAAGCAUUUGCUCAGGGUCAUAAGGCUGUUCGCAGUCUGCUCGCCAUCUACAUCAAGGGGCUGCUCAAGGAGAAUAAGUAA